AGAAACGCCCGCGGGAGAUCAAUCUCGUUAGUCGUCGCUUCACGGUCGUUUCGUUUGGUCGCGAUAACGCAACUGGUUUUUUCCGUAGCUUGAUCGCGCGUUUUCCUUUCGCUCUCGUUUUCGACAUGCGAGUAGAGCAUCGUGAAUGACGUCGAGGUCAUGAGCCGACUGUCGCGUAUUCUGUGACGAGCUUUUGUCACGUAUGCAUUUACGUCUUGUCAUCGCAAUUUACCUUAUCUUCCUGACGCAACUGUUAACCUAAUCUCACGACGGUUAUGUGGAUCGUUGCCUAAUUCACAGGACACGUCUGCAUACACGGGACAAACGUGAUUCCUUUUCAGAGAAACAUGGAGAAGAACAUCGGUUUUGGCGGGGCUAGCGCCCAUUCCUCGGCUCCUCUGCCCACGGCUCCGCCGUCUUACGAGGAGGCCAUAGCUUCUGCAGGAGAACCUAUGCGUCCUCCAGUUACUUCACCGCCGUAUCCUUUGGGAGCUGCGUCAGUACCGAUACCUAUGCCAUACAAUCAACCGCCGAAUCAAACGACAAUGCCGACACCAUCAGCGUAUCCGGGUACGAGCCAGUCAACGUCGCAGCCGCGUUUUAACGCGACGGAGACGAAUUCCCUGCCACAGCCGGAAGUACGGGUUAUUCAUCAGCAUGUGGCGUACGCUUUGGGGCCGAAUCCCGUGAAGAUGUCUUGUCCGACCUGUCACGCCGACAUCAAAACUACAACGAUAUCGGAUCACCAGCCGAGCGCCCAUAUUUGCUGCAUUGUGCUCUGCUUACUCGGUUGCUGCCUCUGCUCGUGUCUGCCAUUUUGCAUGAGCGCCUUCAUGAGCGUUCAUCACUUCUGUCCGAAUUGCAAAAAUUAUAUCGGCACCUGGAAAGGUUGAUCUCAAGACUACGCGUGUGCACAUAGAUUUCAGCUUCCCGCUACGCGAUUCCGUAAUGGCUAUUCAAUAUCCUUCGCUUAUCGCACGUUAAAAACAACAGCAGAAGGGAAGGAUCGCCGAGAAUGUAAGUUAUAUAUAUAUUGUAUACGACUCUUCAAGUUUACAAAAAUCAGCGCGUUGCGAUACACGAAGAAUGAUAGUUCGUUGAAGUCAGCUCCUAGUGGAUACAAUGCAUCGCGCGCGAGCAUUGUAUCCAAGUCUGCGAAUCGUACAGAAGAUGACGGUGACGAUGAUACCGAAUUAUGAAACUUCUACUUAAUAUACUGGAUUAUUGAUAUAUGACAUAACGUAAAAAACAAGGUGAUACGAAACAUAAAUGUUGAAAGGAAUUUCAGAUAUAUUUUCGCAAAGAGAAACGGAUAUUUGAUAUCCACGUAUUGAAAAACUCGUAUCCUUUCCUUAUCUCCAUUAUAAAUAAUGGAAAUUAAAUUCUUUGGUUACGAAAUAUCUCUGGUUCACAAUUUUCUGCAUGUCUGUUAUAUCAUUUAGUUUUUCCGAUAUCUGACGGAAUUUUAACGGUUUAUUAUUAACAGCGGUUAACAAUUCAAUGUAUUAUUUAGAAGUUGUAUUCUAUAUAGAAAGCUUUUCGGAGCGAGCUAAAAAAUGUACAUGAGCUUGUUGCUGGAAAUCUGGACACAUGAGUUCUAUGGGACAGUUUUAUUGCUUCACGUCAUAUAGAAACAUUUAAAUCGAUUUAUUAAAUUUCUUUAAUAAAUCAAUUAUCCUAA